AUGUCCUUAACGUCUUCAAAAAAGGAGACCCAAGUCGUAACGGAGCAAAGACUCUCCGUUGACUUUGGGUCUGCGGAGGAAAUAGAGCGUCCAUUUUCUAACAUACGUUCAGUAAGAUCCCAGACUGGUGCUGGGGAAGUCAACUUCAUUGAUGCAGGAGCUACUGUUUCUGAUCACCAACUGCUGGCAGAAAUCGGUUACAAACAAGAGCUUAACAGACAGUUUUCAACGAUACAGGUAUUCGGCAUUGCAUUUUCCAUUAUGGGUUUACUGCCAUCUAUAGCAUCUGUAAUGGGUGGUGGUCUUGCUGGUGGUCCCACGACACUUGUAUGGGGCUGGUUUAUUGCCGGUUGCUUUAUCCUGACUGUUGGUAUUGCAAUGGCUGAAAAUGCGAGUGCUAUCCCGACGGCGGGUGGUCUAUAUUACUGGACGUAUUACUAUGCUCCAAAGGGCUACAAGGAGGUCAUUUCCUUUGUUAUCGGAUGUUCUAAUUCUUUAGCUCUUGCCGCAGGGGUCUGCUCGAUAGAUUACGGUUUUGCUGAAGAAGUCCUUGCGGCUGUCGUCAUUGCCAAGGAUGGAAACUUCGAAAUAACGCCCGGUAAAACGUAUGGUGUUUUCGCUGCGGCCGUUGUGGCAAUGGGAAUCUGUACAUGCAUGGCAUCCAAGGCCAUUGCGCGGCUGCAAACGAUAAGUAUUGUCUCCAAUUUGUUCAUUAUUGUUUUGCUUUUCAUUGCGUUACCCAUAGGCACUAAAAUAAACAUGGGAGGGUUCAACGAUGGUUCUUUUAUCUUUGGUAAAUUUAAGAACCUGAGUGAUUGGAACAAUGGAUGGCAAUUUUUUCUUGCGGGGUUUAUGCCUGUUGUGUGGACAAUUGGCGCAUUCGAUUCGUGUGUCCAUCAAUCUGAGGAAGCCAAGGAUGCCAAAAAAUCUGUACCAAUUGGUAUCAUUGGCUCGAUAUCUGUCUGCUGGGUUUUAGGGUGGCUGAUUCUGAUCUGUUUGAUGGCAUGUAUGUCACCGGACAUAGAGGGAAUUGUUGAUAACAAGUACGGGUUUGCCAUGGCACAGAUCAUUUACGAUUCUUUAGGUAAAAAGUGGGCCGUUGCCUUUAUGUCCUUGAUUGCCUUCUGUCAAUUCCUAAUGGGUUCUUCAGUGGUUACAGCUAUUUCCAGACAGAUAUGGGCUUUUGCUCGUGACGACGGGCUCCCCCUAUCCGACUACAUAAAAAUGGUUGACAAGAAGUAUAAAGUUCCCUUCAACGCUAUUAUCUUUGCUUGUUGCGGUUCUUUGAUUUUGGGGUUACUGUGUUUGAUUGAUGCUGCCGCGACAAGUGCCUUAUUCUCACUAGCGGUGGCGGGGAAUAACCUGGCAUGGAGUACCCCUACUCUUCUUCGGUUGACCUCUGGAAGAGACCUGUUCAGACCUGGUCCCUUUUAUUUGGGCCCUGUGUGGUCAAAAGUGAACGGGUGGAUCUCGAUUAUUUUCGAGGCCUUUAUUAUCAUAGUGGUGAUGUUCCCAAGUGAAAAGCAUGGCAUCACUAAAUCCACAAUGAACUACACUUGUGUGAUUGGUCCAGGGAUAUGGUUUUUGUCCUGGGUGUACUACUCCGUAUACAAAAAAAGUACUACCACGGUCCUAAAACAAACUUAUCUGAGGAGCAAUUUGAGGAAGCCGUCGGCCCAGAUGUUAUUGAUCAUAUUCUGUCGUACCAUGAAGCAAGCAAAGAUGUGUAGUAGUUUUUUUGUCUGA